GUGUGUGUGAGAGACUGUGUCGGGAUCACUUUCAGAGGCUCAGAAGGAGGCAGAGGGGACUCGGAGGCAGCAGCCGCAAACACCAUCUGCUUGACUCGGCUCCUUUUGUAUAAGCUCAUAUUUAUGAGGACCUACUAUGUGUCAGCACUCUAUAGAAGGAUCCUCCCAGGAAGUUGGAGCUCUCAUGUCCCCCAUUUUACAGUUAAGAAAACUGAGCCUCCCAGAGCAGCAUCAGCCUGAAGAAGCAGCGAAGCCGAAGCAUCUUCAGCUCCUUGUUCUGCUGCUUCCGCAACUACAAUGUCGACACCACAGCCAUCCACAGCACAAAUGUGCUGCCCCCGAUGGUGGAGGAGAACGGGGGGCUUCAGAAGGGCGACCAGCGGCAAGUCAUCCCCAUCCCGAGCGGACGGCGAGCACGCCAAUUUCAGGAAUCAAAGCCCGGCCCAAAGCCCGAGGGGCCGUCUUCCUCGCUCCAGCCUCAGCCUCAGCCUGCAGAAAUACCCAUCCCGCCCAGGCUCAGCCCUCUUAGCUCUGGGGGCGGCCCUCAAGAGGACGUUAAGGAGGGAGCACUCACAAGACAGCCGUGCGCCAAAUACCUCCUCCCGGAGCUGAAGCUGUCAGACUACGGCAAGAAGUGCAUGGUCAUCGACCUCGACGAGACCUUGGUGCACAGCUCCUUCAAGCCCAUCAGUAACGCCGACUUCAUUGUUCCGGUUGAAAUCGAUGGAACCGUACACCAAGUAAGUACCGGGGCCGGGCGGUGGCGCCAGCGCUUCUCCUGCGGGCCGGGCCGCGGCCCCCUCCCCUUGGGCCUCUCCCUCCCUCCCCGACCCGGCCGUGCUUGGGAAGAGCUGGAGCCUCCGGGAGGAGCCGAGGGAUGGCGGCCCCGGCCCCUCCCUAGCUGGGGGCCUUCCGGGCUACCCCAUGAGCCUGGCUUGGGAGAGCAGCCCGAGAGCCGGCGAUGGACGUUCCCCUGCCGGGCCGGGCUUCUCCGUCCUGGCUGCUCUUGGAUGGGGCUGAGCGAGGGGGGGCCCCCGAUGGUCCGUGGGAGAUACCCCUCUCCCCUCGGUUUCCCUGCUUGUCUUCCCCAAUGUCCGGUCGGAGGUCGGCGGACAUCUUUCCUUCCGACUGCCCGAUUCGCUCUCAGAGCCUCUGACCGUCGCCCCGCUCCCCGUGAGCCGCGGCUUCCUCGGCCCAGCGGCCCCGUCCGUCCGCUCGGCUCCAGCGCCGAGGCCCCUUGACCUCUUCCGGCUCGGUCCGAGCCUCAGAACCGAACCGAGUGCGGGAAACGGGACGAGGUUCAGUCGGCGCGAGGGCUGGCUUUGCUUGAGCCUUUCUCUCCGUGACCUGCCGCUGACAGGUCUCUGGCCUUUCUAGCUUCGCCGGGACUGGGGGGGUUGGUCACUGAGCGGUGCGCACGUCCCGAGUUCAAGUCUGGCCUCAAACACGAGCUGGCGUCUCGAGCAGGUCAUUCAAUCGGUUUGCCUCCAACUGUAAAACGGGCGUGAUAGUGCCCAGGGAUGUCGUGGGGCCCUUCAGCCCGGCCCGGUUAGCGUCUGAGCUCGGGCAGGGACCCCGCCUCUCCCUGGGCCGGGGGAGUCCAGGCGUGGUCUGUCCGCGGCCCCCGACAGAGAGAAGGCGUCCGGGGCUGGUCUGGGCCGUGGCCAUCCCUCCUCUCGGAUCUGUCCCUCCUUGACCUUCUCUAACCCCUUAGGUACGAUUUUAUAUCGGACUUGGCCGGGGCCCUUUCAGAGGAGCUGGUAGCUCCAUUUCACAGACCUAGAAACUGAGGGGGAGAGAGCUGGGUGAGGGGCCGCCCCUUGCAGCCAGAGCGGGGGCCUUUGAGGCAGGAAACUCGGGGCUAAGUCCCUGGAGGGCCCCGGGCCUGCCUCCGCCCUUCCCCUGACCUUGUUGGGCCCGGCUGCCCAGCCAGCGGUUAAGCAGAGGGCGGGAAGGAGGCCCUCCCUUCUGGGAGCGUGACCCGGGUGACGUGCGUGGGCCUGGAGUGCCAAGGACGGUGGGCACGGGGCCACGGGGGCCUCCCUUAACGGAGGUGGCCGCUCCCUGCCUCGGGCCUGUCCACAGGUGGAGGGUUAGAGCAGCGUCUGGGCCCGGAGGCCCCUGCAGCGGGCGGCCUUGUGGGGGGAAAGCGGGAGCCUCGGCUAGAGCAGCGUCUGGGCCCCCCCGCCCUGGAAUCGCUGGCCCCCCAAACAAAAGCAGCUCUCCCACCCUUAGUUGGGCUUUAUUCCUCAAGUAGAACUUGGAGGGAUUUGAGUGACGGCAGAGGGAACAAAACAUGGCUGACUUUUCUCUUUGAAUUCAAGGCCGACUUUUUGGAACGGACUUUUGUAGGGCAGACCCCCGGGGAGGGCGAUUCUCAGUUCCCGGGGACUCGAUCUCAAAGCUGCCAAUGGGGCGUCAAAGCACAGUGGCCCCCAGGAGUUGCCGCGGCCUGGCUACCCAUCAUGCACCGCAGAGCCGGGGCCAAAUGCAGACAUCACGGGGGGGUUUGGGGGCCCUGCCGCGGACCCCGGGGAGAGCCUCCGGGUCCUUUCGCCGCCACCGCCCCAUGAGUCUGUGAUGGGUUAGAAUCGGGGGCCAUGGGGAGGAGGGAAACCUCCUGCGUCUGAGACGAUCCCCCUGCCUCGGCCUGAAGCCGCAGAAGGAGGCCGGGCCGCCUCGUGGGCUGGACGGGGAGCGCUCUCUGCAGGCUGUGGGGUGACCUCCGGACGGGGGUGCUCUGGGGGGGCCCGGCUCGGAGCCGGAGGGCACUCGGUUUACUUCCAAGGACCACGUUCUCUCCAGCGCUUAACCCAGGGACGGGUCCAGGUGUGGACAUUCGUGGCAGCGGCAAAUAUGGUCUCGUUCUUGUUUAUAACACGCGCCACCCACUGGUCCUUCAGGCCACUCGAAGUGCCCGGCUACGGAAAAGGUCACGGGGCACGUUGGCUGUGGGAGAACGGUUGUCUGUUCCCCACAAUUCAGCAAGAGUACGGGGAGCUGGACUUAGGCUAAGUGGCGGCUGCCCCACGCCCUCUCCCUCUGUGACCUCUGUGUGGGCUCAGCCAAGGAAAGCCAGGCUGUUUCCAAUCUUGUCAUCACUACAAGAGGUGGUGCUUUAAAGUGUAGAAAACCUUCUGGGGAGAGACCCAUGACCACGUUUGCUGGGAGAGGGGCCCGCGCGCUGGCCCCCGCUCCCCCUCCCCCCCCGGGCGCUGACCAGAGCCGGGACGCAGCGCGGGCCCGGGGCAGCUGUGGCGAGCGUCACGGAAGGCCGAGUCUACCACGAGCUAAGCCACGUCGUCGAUAAGGCCACGGGAGCCGUCCUCCUGGAAAAGGCUGUGACCUGGUUCAAGUAAUCCAGGAUAGGCUGGGCCCAUUCUCAUUGGCCUAUUCUUGGUUACUUGCACUCGGGCACAGCCACGCUAAGCGGCACCAGCGGCGGGAGGCCCGGAACGCCGGUGGACACCCCAGAGGACGGCCGGCCGACGCGGAGGAGCAGGAGCCGGCCCUCGGCCAGUGGCCCGGCCUGCACAGGCGAGCCACGCUGCGGAGGCGGGAUAGUGAAACGGUGUCACGUGAAAGGUCUUCCCUGCAGGCCACGGACAAGGGCCACACCGCCCACAUCCCUGCAAAAGUUCAAAAGUUCCGGCCUGCUCUGCCUGCAAAUGGGUGUGAGCACAAAGGGGAGCUGGGCCCAGGCCGGUGAACAUGCAGGGGAGCCGGCCCAGGCCGGUGUGAACAUGCAGGGGAACCAGGCCCAGGCCGGUGUGAGUGGUUAAACCAGGCCCAGGCCGGUGUGAACAUGCAGGGGAACCCGGGCCCAGGCCGGUGUGAGUGGUUAAACCAGGCCCAGGCCGGUGUGAACAUGCAGGGGAACCCGGGCCCAGGCCGGUGUGAACAUGCAGGGGAACCAGGCCCAGGCCGGUGUGAACAUGCAGGGGAACCAGGCCCAGGCCCAGGCCGGUGUGAACAUGCAGGGGAACUGGGCCCAGGCCGGUGUGAACAUGCAGGGGAACCAGGCCCAGGCCGGUGUGAACAUGCAGGGGAGGCCGGGCCCAGGCCGGUGUGAGUGGGGAGACCAGGCCCAGGCCGGUGUGAGUGGUUAAAUCAGGCCCAGGCCGGUGUGAACAUGCAGGGGAGACCAGGCCCAGGCCGGUGUGAACAUGCAGGGGAGGCCAGGCCUAGGCCGGCGUGAGUGUCUGAGGGAGCCAGAGGCCGGGCCCAAAGCUGACUUGCUCAGAGAGAGGAGAUGAGGUUUUCCUGGCCCCCGUGUCUGGCUGGGCUCUGGCACCUGAGCAGGCCUCAGAGCCCACUGGGCCGGGGGCCUCGAAUGCCACUUUGAAAAAGACUAGAAUUCCAUUUCUAAUUGCUGCAAAUUCUGGCUUUUGGGGAGUUUGGGUUUUUUGCUUUGGGGGUUUUCCCCUUUGGCCGGGGGUCCCCUCUUAGCUGAGUUCAUCCAGGUCCACACCUUCUUAGCCUUCAUGGCUCGGUCCGAGAGGGAGCGGACCCCUUCCCACAGAUGGGAAGCAUCCCCAUGGCCCUACCCAGCUCUGAAAGGAUUUCUGAGCACUGGCGCCCAGGGGAACUGGGCAGGAGGCCCACGUCCAUUUCACAGACAGAUGUAGGGCAGCGAUACUAGGGGAGGGGGAGGUGCGGGGUGCAGCCCGGGGUCUCCCAUGGAUAGAGUCUCUGCUUGGGCGCCAAAGGCCUAGGAUUUCCAUCCUGGUUCUUCUACUUUGUUGCUAUGCGGUCUUGGCCAAUGAGCUUGUGCAGCUCCUGAUUCAGCAGCACUAAAAUUACUCCAUUUUCAAAUGCUUCCGCUUCCUCCACCGGUGCCCAUUGCGACCCAUCCUGCCGCCCGUCCCGUGGUUCUGUUGUCCACUGUACCCUCCGCGAGUCCCCUGGCACCCAAAUGUGAAAUGGAAACAAGCUUGGGGCCUCCUGGGCCCGGCUCUUGGCGCUGUCGGUUCCGCUGCCCGAGGUGUGUGUUUGGCCGGGCCGGGGUGGAGGCGAGAACGAGGCGGCUUCCUCUAAGGAGCCGGAGCGGGGAGGAAGCCGAGCGCUCCCUUUCUCUGGCUGCCGCUCGUCCAGCUCGGACCCCAGCCCCGCUGUCUUUGCGGCCCCUCUUCCGUGACCUCCCCCUCAGAAUGGAAGCUCUUGUGAGCAGGGAUCAUGCAUUUGGAGCCCCUGCUCCUGGCACAGCGCCUGGCACAGCGGGCACGGGGAGCCAGGACUGGCACCUGCAGCACAGAGCCACGGUCAGGGCCCGCCCUUUCGCCAGAGUAGCAAAGAUAGCCCCAGGCAUGAGCCGGGAGGGGAGCAGUGGGGGAGGGGGCUUGCCAGACUUCCCCCAGCCACAUCAUUCCCCAUUGGCUCUCUCUGAGGGAGCGGCCCAGGCCGGCCCUGCCCCCUGCUCAGCCUCUCCCGUCCUGGUCACUAAAUGGCCCCAUCUUU